GCCAACGAACCCACCCACCCAUAUUCCCUGAGACAAACAUGGACAUGGUUGUUGUCGAAGCUUCUUGUUUGGUUCUUGCUGAAAAACCCGCACGCAAGGUCUUCUUAAGUUACAUCAUCGUCUCGGAUGACUUUUUGACAGGGACUACGCCUGAACCUUUAUCUUCACCAUUUGGGUUCCCAAGUUGAAGAAGUAAGUUUUAGCUGAGAACCGCUCCAAGCAACCAUGGAAUGACAUGUUUUACUUUUACCUGCUUAUAUAGAUGGUUGAUCGAUAUUUUUCUAUCAUUAGCCAUCCCUGUUACAGAGGUCUUUCUCCGGUUCUGUUUCGUGUGAGGUAUGGGUUCUUGUUUCGAUUUUAUGUCCUCGAAAUAAAGAUUCGAGGGUAUGGUGGAAUUGGGAUAGGUUUUGUCUGGGCGAGGAUUUCUUACUUUAUUCAUAUUAUCUUCCUCUUGAUUCUUUCUUGGUGAACGUUAGGGUUUCUGUCUGGUGAUGGAAGCUUAUUUUUAUGUAUUAAAGACUGAAAGCAGUUGCUCCUUUCAUAGUUCUUUCUCUUGGUUAGGUAUUUUAGUUUAGCUCACUCAAGUUGUUUCUGUUUUGUAUAUCACAUCAGACCUCGUGUAGUUCUUUGAAUUUCCUUCGAAUUUCUGUACCAGGAAGUUAUCAUGGAUUUGUAUCAGUGGGGGUUUUCUGGUUCCGAGGACCGAUGUGUUUCAGGGCAUGAAUCUGUUUCAGCCUAUUCAGAUCCUAACUUGAUUACAGGAUUUCAACUUAAAGAUAUGAACCGAGAUUAUGAAUUUGUGAAUCUUCUCCCUACUUCAAAUGAUCCAGUCCCUCCGAUUCACUCCACAGUUUUGUCUGACAGUUGGAGUGGAGAUUCUGCAGAAGAAUUCGAUUUUUGUGAUUCUGUUCUCAAGUAUAUAAACGAGGUAUUAAUGGAAGAUGACAUGGAAGACAAGGCCUCCGUGAUACAGGACUCCACUCUUCAAGCUGCUGAGAAAUACUUCCAUGAUAUACUUAAUGAAAGAUAUCAUUCCUCACCCCAUCUGGUGAGGCCCCAAGAGGAAACAAGUAGAUGCCAAUGUUGCAGCAGUUACAGUAGCAGCUCUGAUGAUGCUAACAGCCCUGUUAAAUCUUCUGUAAUUAGAUCUCCUCAUGUCCAUCAUAGUCCUUUUGUUCACCAAGCAUUUCAGACUAAUUUGCCACCAGUCUCCUCUACGAGCUUCUCCUCUCACUAUGUUUCAAAUGCACCUUCAGAAAGUCAAUCUAGCUGGCAGUUCCACGGGGGGAUAGAGAAUGCAAAGAACAUUAUACCGGGUGAAAGUGGUGUAACUUUUAACUGUGAGAACAGAUUUGUAUCACCUGCAAAGGAAAGUGUUUGGCAAAUGAAAGCCAAGCUAGAAAAGGAAGAAGGGAACUGCCCAGAGAGUUUGCUGAGGGGAAGAAAAAGUCUUCACAGGGAGGGCAGUGCCUUAGAUGAAGGAAGAAGUCACAAGCAUUUGGCAGUUGAUGUUGGGGAGUCUAUUUUACAUGAGAUAUUUGAUAAAGUAUUGUCCUUUGAUGAGUCUGCAAUUCACACUUCUGAUGGUGACUUACCAACUGAAGCAGGUGGGAAGCGGCAGCAAUGCGAGCGAGCAAAAGUAUAUGAUGAUGAAAUGACCUACACUAAGAAAGGGGUUACCAAAAGGGAAGCACUUGAUACCAGGAAACUCCUGAUCCAGUGUAUGCAAUCUGUGGCAAGCAAUGAUCAGACAACAGCGACUAAACUACUGAAGCAGAUAAGGUUGCGCUCAUGUCCUCAGGGUGAUGCAUCUCAAAGAUUAGCCCAUUACUUUGCAAAUGGUCUUGAGGCACGCCUGACCAGUUCUAGGAUCCCAAAAGAAAAACUCUUUUCUAUUAAGGGCUUCGUUGGAGCUGAUGUUUGGAAAGCUCAUAAAUUAUAUGUUUCAGCAUUCCCUUUCCUAGGGAUAUCGUAUUUCAUUGCUACCCAAAUUAUUAUGGAACUGGCUGAAAAAGUUACUAGCCUUCACAUUAUUCACUUUGGUAUUAUACUUGGUCUCCAAUGGCCCCCACUUAUUCGGCGUCUAUCUGAAAGACCUGGUGGACCUCCCAAGCUUCGCAUCACGGCAAUAGACCUUCCCCAAAUUGGUUUCCGACCAGAUGCAAGGAUUAAGGAAACAGGACAGCGUUUAGCAACCUAUUGUGAGAAGUUCAAGGUUCCAUUUGAAUACAAUGGCUUUGGACAAAAAUGGGAGACUGUUCUUGUUGAGGAUCUCAGGAUUCAGAAGGAUGAGUUGCUCGUGGUGAACAGUUUGAACCAGUUGCAAGAUUUACUUGAUGAUUCAAUUAUGGACCAUAGUCCAAGGGAUGCAGUUUUAAAUUUAAUCAGGAGGAUUAAUCCAGAUCUUUUUAUACAUGGAGUAGUUAAUGGGACCUAUAAUUCCCCAUUUUUUAUCUCACGGUUCCGCGAGGCUCUCUUCCACUUCUCUGCAUGGUUUGAUAUGUUGGAUGCUAAUGUGCCCCGUGAUAAUAAGGAGAGAAUGGCCCUUGAGAGGGACCAAUGGGGGAAGGAAAUUUUAAAUAUCAUAGCAUGUGAAGGAUUAGAUAGGGUUGAAAGGCCAGAGACAUACAAGCAGUGGGAGAUUCGGACACUCAGAGCUGGGUUCAGGCAGAUGCCUUUGAAUCAGGAGAUCCUUAAGGAAGUAAGGGCUAAGGUCAGAUCAUCCUACCCCAAGGAAUUUUUUGUGGACAAAGCCAACAAGUGGAUUGUGACUGGGUGGAAGGGGCGACCUUUCUUUGCCAUCUCAUCCUGGAAACCUGCCUAGGCGUUAACCAUGUUAUGGAAGUUCUAGUAACAAGUCUUUGUAAGAUAGGACAAUGAUCCGUAUGUUGUUAAAUAGGAUUUGAUUUUUUUUAAAGACAAUGAAUAUCUUUUGCAUAAUCUGAGAAAAGCUACUUUUUUCUUUUGAUUUCAA